ACCAAAAACCCUCUCUGCUUUCUUUUCUCACAUCAAACACCGAAACGCCACUCCACCGACGUCGUUUUGGUUCCUGCCAGUGGCACAAACGGAAUUGUUCAAACUAUGGAUGGAAGCGGUCUUACUCAACAACCCAAAAAGCAGAAGCUAAAUGAAGAACUAGACGUUGUUGACAAGACAAUCAAAUGCUUACAUAAUUUACCGGAGGAGAUUCUUCGAUACAUCCUAUCCCUACUUCCAACAAAAGAUGCUAUUAGGACUAGCGUACUUUGCAAGAGGUGGGAAUACCUCUGGACCUCCAUUCCCAAUCUUGAUUUUAAAGGGUCGGAGCCGGCUAAGAGAAAGCAUUUCAUGAAUUUUGUGGAAAGAGUGCUUCUUCUUCGCGACUCUUCUGAUAUAAAAACAUUCACUCUCUAUUGUGAUGUGCUACGUGAUGCAUCUCAUGUAAGUGCGUGGAUCUCUGCUGCAGUAAGGCGUAAUGUUCAACAGCUGGAUAUUAGCCUUUACAAUUUCAGAGAGCCAUUUUCAUUGCCUCAUAGCUUGUUUACUUGUAUGUCACUGACAGAGUUAGAACUUGAAAUGCCUUUCCUUGAGGAGUUGGACUUAGAGUAUUGCAACUGGGUGAAUAUUAAGGUUAUGCAUCAAUUUUUGUUGAUUGGUCCCUUCAGAGACAAAGGCAAGUUGCCCACCGCAUGUAUGUUCUUCUUACAGGGUUCUAUAGAGUAAAAGAACUAAUACUUACAGACUGUGCU